CAAUCAGAGAAGCUUCUGUAACUUUAGAGAUCAGUUUCGGACCCGCUCGCUCCCGUCGGUCUGUUUUGAUCCGCUGUCAGUCUGUAGGUGGUGAAGCCUAGAUGGGGACGCUUUUGUUUUUAUGCUAAUAUUUCCUUUACAAACUGCAGCGCUUUUGUCAAAGCCCAGGUUUAUAUAGGGGGAGAAUGGUGACAUUUGUCUGUGGUUGAGUCGUGUUUCUCAAGACCUCUCGAGAUCGUGUAACCCUCUGCCAUGAGUUGUUUGGAGGUUAUGUAUCAGAGUUAUGGAGCUCAUCAUUACUUGCCUGCGACAUCAGCGGCUGCGGCAGCAGCGGCGUACAAAGCGGCAUAUUACCAUCAUCAUCAGCAGCAGCAGCAGAAGAAAGAUCUCUACCUCAGGAUGCAGGAUUCCGAAGAGUUUUCCUCACACUGUGGCCAGAAUAAACAGCAUGCAACGCUGAAGCCCCGCUCUGAGCCUGAGCUUCAGAGAGAAGAGGAGCAGAAUGCUGAAGAAGAGGAGCGGUGUAAGGAAACGCAGCCUGCCGAGACGGAAUACUUGAGCUCUAGGUGUGUGGUGUUCACCUAUUUCCGUGGAGACAUUGGGGAUGUAGUGGAUGAACAUUUCUCCCGAGCUUUGAGCCAGCCAAGCACCUUCACCAAUAAUGCUAAGACCAGUAGGCUUCAUACUGGAGGACCAUGGAAAGAUGGAGGCUCUCACUCUGAGAGUCAAUGUGGCUCUAUAUCAUCGUCCCUGUGGGGUAGCAGCUACCCAUCUCACACAAGCCCGUGCGUCCCCUCCACUCACCCCGAGUUCCCCCACACAGCACCCUUCCACCCUGUAGACACUGGCAUCUGGAGCAGCCACAACCUCACGCAGACUGGCCUGCCCCCUCAUUCUGCUCUCACUGACUCUUGGCACUACGGCCUGGGCGGCCAAAGCGGAGCAGGAUACGCCCAUGUACAUGAAAUGUACCCGCACAUGCAUCCACGCCACCCGCAUCCACAUUCCCACGCCCACCACAUGCUCCAUCACACUCACAGCCCUGCUUUGGACCCUCGUUUCAGCCCCCUUCUGCUACCUGGUGUCAGAGCAUCUUGUAGCCCUACUUCCUGCACAGAUGGAAUCAAGACAGAGUUGGAACCGAGCAGCAUUACAACACCUACCUGGCCUGCUUCUUUCCAUGGGUCAGUGGAUAUCUAUGAUACAGCACUUGAGCAGGAUAAAGCAAAGGCCAGUGUUUGGUUCUAAGAAGGAGAAGAUUCACUGGGACUUUAUGCCGUGGACUGGACCGUUUCUGUUGGGGCCCACAGUACUGCAUGUGGAGUCUUUCCCAACAAGAUUUUCUCGGGAACUAUUCAGGGAGACAUUAGUCUUUAUCAGUGAGACAAGCACAAAAACAGCUUUGGGGAAAACAAGUGUUUUUCUAAAGCAUACCAUCUUGUCUAAGUUUGUGCCUGUAAUGCGUGCUCAUGGAUACAGAUCAGAUUCAGGAGGACUCUUCUGGCAUCUGGGCUUUUAAAGAACUCUACAGUCUACAAAGUUGUAUCUACUGUACAAUGCCACAUACCCGAAUUAUGUUUAAGAGGUAUAUCUCCUACUUUCUUUAAACAAGAGAGGUUUCUCAUUGAUUGUUGCUUUAUAUGUACUUACCACAGGUUCUGUUGAAAGAACUGGAUGUCUUAGUACAGUAAAAAGUGUGAAUGUUGGCAAAACGGUGGACUUUCAAAUAAAGGUUUAUUUACUUUAAUAUAUUUGUCUGAAGUAGUCUUGUUAUGUUACUGAGUUUUAUUUUUAUCUUGUAAUAUGUGUUUAGCAAUUUUUUUUGUUGA